UCGAAAACUCAAAAUAAGCGAGUUACUGACUGAAAUAAGAGAGUCUUGACUAGUACACUCCUCUUCUUUCAGUAUCUCCCUUAUUUUCAAUAUUUACUCAGUUAUUUCAGUUGAUCGAAUAAUUUUUGAUCGGUUAUUCGCUAGGGACCACUUCAUCUCCGUGGUCCAGAGAAAAUGCCAGUAGCCUGUAUUUCUGCUCUGCCUGUAUACGAGCCUCUCGCCACUCUGCCUCUCUCUCGUCUCUGUCGACGAGGCUCAUGUCUGCACCUCUCAAUGUCCAACAAUCAUCUCCCCUCUCCUCACGACACGUGCGCCCUGUCUAGCUAAUUGAAUCUAUCUUUUUUAGGUCCCUCUGGACGUUCAUUUUCUUGUGUGUUGGAAAUUAGAAGAAAACGUAUCUAACGUUGCUUUCAACUGAGUAUACUUUCUUCUUUCGGACCACCAGCCUGAGCAUGUUAUUUUCAAAUGAUCUUUUGCGCGGCGGUUGCUGCUACUUUUAUUCGUAGUCGUAGAUAACAAGUUUCAGUGAGUGAUAGCAAAGCAACGACACGUCGUUGGAGUCACUAGUUCGGACGAAGUUCAGAAAUACAUGCCUGCCCAGAAAUACAUAGUAGCACAACAUCUGAAGUUGCGAAUAAGAAACGUCAUCAGUACGAUUUCCCACGCAGUGAGACCCCACAUCUUCAAGAACUACCUCAGCAGCUGAGUGGAGGACUCAGGGAGGAAAUUAGACCAAGGCCGCCGCUAGUCGUGUCGAUCCUCGUCGUAGUAGUACUGAUAGUGGAAGAUAACGUAUCAGCAUCUUCAUCAACAGAACAUCAAGAUUGAUCAUGGGACAAAUUGCGGGCAAGCUUCGCUCCAUAAGAAGCAAUACGGCAAAAGUAAACGAGCCAUCCUCCGACGAGUUCUCGCCAAAGGAGUGGGGUAAAGACACCUGGGAGGAAUUCUGGAAUUCACCUUUCGGUCAAAAUUUCGACGAUCUGGUUGAGGGCAUCGGACUCAAAAUCUACGACCUUAGUAUAUCAAGCUUGCACUAAUGAAAACCCACUUGUGCUUUGCUUCAGCGUCCUUGUUUUUUUUCUUAAUCGUGAUGAAUGUUCUUGUUGAAAAAUAUCAAUCUUUUUUUAUGUUCUGGUGUGUCUCUGUCUCUCCACUUUCCCCGUAUAAACUCCUUCUAUCAUCUUUCAGCGGAAGCCAUGCAGCGAGGAGAAGACCAUCCGUCGCAGGAUUCAACGAAGAGUACAAUGAAGAGUGCUACGCGUUUGUUACUGAAUUGCUUUGCACAAUACAAGGAGCACGUCCUCCACAGCGAUAGGGAGGAAAUUAUCGAUGUUUUUGUGGACAUGGCCAGAGUUGAAAUCCAGCCGUAUCGUUCUACAGAGAGGUGGAACGCUUCGGUAGUCAAAGACUUCGUCCGAAGGUUCUUUGACUCCACGACACGCACAAUGCCAGAGCUUUUUACGAAUUGAUGAACGCUUCGGAUAAGAAUUGAAAAUGAAUCAGCACAAUGUCAAACGCAAGUAGAAAGGAAGUCAAAAUUAUAAUCGGAUCAUAUUCUUGAUAAGCUUUCGAGCGAAGUACUUUUGUUGGGUAUAGAAAACUAGACCAAAAUCUAGCAAUAGACCCCAUGAUUUUACACCUUGACGACAUUUUCUAUUAUACAAUGCAUGGAUGUUAAGGCUAACAGUAGCACGAAGUAGAUAGUGUCCUUUUCUGUGGUUGUGGGUUUAUUUGGUGAACCGGUACCCCAUUGCGAAUAAACCUGUGCGCACAACCAUAGAACUGAGCAUUCGCCGGAGGCGUUGCACAGGGCUCCGGCCUGCCUUCGAAGGUGAGACCUCUGGGGCUGACAGGACCACGACAGCGCCGGCGCUUAAUUAGUAGGAGAUAAGUUCUUGCCUGACCUUUCUUUUUUCGGUUUUUGUUUUUUCCAGUUAGAUAUGCUCCACCAACAUUAUACAAUGCUCAACAAGAUUUUUUCAGUGAUGAUACAAUGCUUAACCUUUGACGACAUUUUUCAUGAUGAAAUUGAAAACUUCAAACUCUAACAAGAAUAAAGAGAUUCUGAAAGCAGUCGACGUAAACGCAGUCUCCGUAAGCGCAGGCGACGUAAACGCAGUCUCCGUAAGCGCAGGCGACGGAGGAGUCGGAGACGGAAAGCUGGCAAUUAAUCGUGUGUCUGCUAAGGACCCGAGGAUGCGUGCGACGUUUUACCCACAAAGUGAAAUCGACCGAAUCGGCAAAGAAAGUGAAGGAUCUGAGCGCGGGGUCAAAGUUUUCCGAUAUUUCGCAAUAAAGGAGAAAGAGGACUUUUUGGAGGAACACUGGUAUUACAUAUGGUAUGUUCAUUCAUCAUGUCCUUUGCGUUUUUUUACACAGGGGUACGUUUACUUUUUGCAGAUACAAAUAAGUGAUGACUAGUUUUUGGUAUUCUGUUGUUGAGAACAAUUUGCGAAUGUCCUUAUAUAUUCAUCGUUAUCCUUCUUCAGUCUUGAGUUUCUCCAUAAACGACACAGAGGUACUUCCUGUACUUAGCGGACACACCUUAUAGAGAGAAGAAAAUAGCUAUAAGAAGAUAACCACCACAAGAGCCACAAUAAACACCACUAUCACCAGGGAUCUGGUUAAGGAGUUCGCUGAGAAGGAGAAGUGGGGUGCACCCCUAUCGUCGCCGGAUAAUAAGGGAGCGUCGAGUUUAGGGCAGAUAACGCCAGACACUGCAUAGUAAUAUUCUUGCGUUUAUUUUUCCACAGGUUGCUAGUGCAGAAGUAGGACUUCCGGUACUUUCCUUUUUGGUUGCUGUUGUUCGAUGAUGUCAACAAGAAAUGUAUGUACUCCAGCAUACUAGAAAACGAAAACAUUUUUCCUUUCUAUGGACAAAGAGUAAGUCUACUAAUACUUUCACCAAAAAUUUCAGCGACGAGGCCGCGCGGAUCGACGCCGCAGAACGCUCCGCAUCGGCAACCACUUCCUCCGCGACUCUCUCGACUAUGCACUUUGAGGCCAUGGCCGUGAUGCAGAUUACGACUGCCACGUUUAUUGCGAGUUUGGUUUUGGUUACGGCUAAGUACUUGUUAUCCAUCCCCAUAGGGCUUUCUCGGUGUAUACAAGAGACGCUCUUGAAGGAGCCCCUAUAGGGAUGGAUUGUGGAGGUGAGCUCUAAUUUGCGCUGGUGUCUCCGUCGCCGCUGUGAGCGCCGUGGGCCGCGCAAUGACGCCCCAGCCCGGCCGAAGGACGAGGGUACCUCAGAGGAAGAAGAAGAAGACUGCGAUCCGGAAGAGUUUUAGACUUAGAUGUGUAAAUCUUUUCGUACAUAUUGUUAGAACAAAAGUCCUUCUAGGUAAGGGCACAGUAGAUCUAAGAAAAACCCUGACUCACUCUGAUAAGAUAUCUUAGUCUUACGUUCGUAACUCGUAUGAUUUAGAUUUGUGGCACUCAAAACAGCACUCUGUUUCCAAGAAAAGAUAUAUAUUUCAGCAUUACAACAUGAAGAAAGCUAUUAUUUUGCUCGUCCACUCCUCGCAAAUAUAUGCACUUCACUUGAAAGGGCCCAAUGAACUAGCAAGGAGCACUAAUAUGUUUCUGUUGCGACACAAAGCGUCUCUAAGUACGCUUUGAGUCGUCUCGGACAGUCUACGCAGAUAUUCGUGAAGCUUAGUUUUAUCUCUUUUAUGCCUAGUGAUUGUUGUCAAUCCUAAAUUUCAUUUCAAUUUCUCAUUUACAGUUCUGUCGAGUCAAAAAAUUAUUAUCAACCUUGUUCACUCAAAAUCAAACAUUAUCAUCUUCAUUCGAAAUGUCUUAUAUCUAUGUAGCUGAGCUCAUCAGCUCUAUGUUUCUAAAGUCUAGAAUGCACAGAAUAAUGAAAAUGCCAUUAGAUGAAUCAAUCAUGAGACGAGAACGUCGUAGCCUAAAAAGAAUAAUCAUCACGAUUUCAUUAUCGCCCAAAGAAAAUGAACCGACGAGCCUUCCCUCGUCUUAGUCCCUUCACCCAAUGCAUCGCUAUCACGAUCAUCAAUUCGCGGAUCUGUCUGUAGUUCGAGGAGUUUCUUAGCUACAGUGUGACUGAAUCGACCGGCAGAAUUUGCAGUGAAAUUCUCACUGAAAGGACUUUGAAGCAGGAAGGUGCUAAGUCGUAAGUACAGACUUUGCCUUCGCUUCCUAAAAAAUUUUUGAGGACCUGACUCUCCGAGUUAUAUUUUUACUACAUUUCGAUCAUAAAUAUCGUCUGAAAGAAGCGGAAAUAAAUGUACCCAAAGAAUUCACAAAAUGUACUCACUACUCCUCUCUACACCACCUCACAGGAAUCCUUAGACUUGGUACUCCUCUCCACCACCUCACAGGACUCCUUAGACUUGAUACUUCUCUCCACCACAUCACAGGAAUCCUUAGACUUGGUACUCCUCUCUCCACCACAUCACAGAAACCCGCAGUUCGAAGCAAGUAUAUCUUCAAAGAAAUAUGGUAGCAACUUUUAAUGUACUUUUACAGAACUGCCCAAGUGGUAAGAGAUGGAGAGAAAGGACUAUAAGCGGCUGAAGUCUCAACACAUCAAGUGUCAUAUCUCUUCGCAAAGAAGAACAACCGGUUGGUGUUCCGUCGUAUACCAGAGGUGAGUCAACAAAAACAACAGCAACAACAACACCACAGCCCGAAGGUAACUCCCCCGCAUUGCCUGGCGCAGUACUUAGGGCCGUGAGUAGUUGGCGUAAGCGAAGUAGGGUGACUAGGUUAAAGUCGUUUUUACGGCGAUCGGGCUUUUUUCACUCGAGCGUGUCGGCAUUACUCAUGCCAAAGCGCUAUCGGUGCUCUGCCGCGUCUCUAUUCGGGUCGCAACGGAAUCAGGCAGCGGAAGUUGUCACGUGGUUCGCCAAUGAAUGAAUGACUGUAGUGGUAGGAGGUAGUCGUAAUAAAGGUCGAAAAUGAGAAUAUCAUCACAUCAUCAGAUGCUGAUAGGAUUCGCAUUUUUCUAAUGCAAAUCAAUGCAAUUCUUGAACCAAACUGGUCGAGGAAAUUUAGACGAAUAUAUAAAUGCAAGGCACAAAGUCGUGCCACGACCAAGCAAGGUGGAGCU